ACUUAUGCAUGAGGACAUAUGCUCACUUUGGUGAGACGCCAUUCCUGGGAAUGUAGAGCCAUGUACUUAUGUGCCUGACUCCCACCUCCGGAGUCCAUUCUUGCUACACCCAUCCAUCAAGCAAUCUCUUCCUGUGCAAGAGAUAUGUCUAAGCAGUCUUUCAAGGUCUGCUUCUGUUUCAGGCGAAUAUUCAAGCUCCAGGCAACUGGGCCUCCAGAAGAUGUCCAAUACCUCUUCAAUCGCUAUUCACAGAAUGGCACCAUGACCCUUGAUCAACUGCGCUACUUCCUCAUCGAUUUUCAGGAGGAAAAACAAGCCACCAGAGAGGAUGCUCAGGCAAUCUUCAAUAGUCUCAAGCAUCUCAACAUCUUCCAGCGCAAAGGCCUUCAUCUUGAAGCCUUCUUCCGAUAUCUCCUAGGCGACCUUAAUACCUCUCUUCCUCCAUCUCCUACGGUGCACCAUGACAUGACUGCACCGCUGUCUCAUUAUUUCUUAUUCACAGGCCACAAUUCCUACUUAACGGGGAAUCAACUCAGCAGCAACUGUAGCGUUGAGCCUAUCAUAAAUGCAUUGAGGAGAAAUGUAAGAGUAAUUGAAUUGGAUUUGUGGGCUAAUGACAAGAAAGACAACGUCGAGGUUCGUCAUGGAGGGACGGCGACCUCUCCGGUUGAACUCAUCAAAUGUCUGCGGGCGAUUAAAGAGAAUGCAUUUUAUGCUUCUGAAUAUCCUGUUAUAAUAACAUUCGAAGACCAUCUUACUCGGAACCUUCAAGAAAAAGUGGCUAAAAUGGUCACUGAAACAUUUGGAGACAUGCUGUUUCGCCCAGAGUCAGAAUACUUACCUGAAUUCCCUUCACCAGAAUCAUUAAAGAAGAAGAUUGUUAUCUCAACCAAACCUCCGAAGGAGUACCUUGACAUUGAGAGUAAUACAAAGGGAAGAGCAGGCACAAAGAAAAUGAAGGAUUCAGCGGAGGAACAGCCUAGGACGAAAGAGAAACACAGCUCCAGAGAUAAAAUUGAAAUAGAAGGCACAGUGAAUGAGGCUAAGUUAGAAGAAGAAGAAGAACUCCAUCAGGAUGAAGAUUUGCAGAAUGCUGUUCCUGAUUAUAGACGAUUAAUUGCGAUCCAUGCUGGGAAGCUGAAAGGUGGAUUGGAGAGCUGGCUGAGCAUCGAUCCUUACAGAGUUAGACGCCUCAGCUUGAGUGAGCAGGAGCUUGAAAACGCUGUAAAAACACAUGGAACUGAAAUAGUCAGGUUUACUCAGAGGAAUUUGCUGAGGAUAUACCCUAAGGGAACACGUAUUGACUCAUCUAACUACAAUCCCUUUGUUGGGUGGAUGCAUGGAGCUCAAAUGGUUGCAUUUAAUAUGCAGGGACAUGGGAAGCCUCUUCAGAUAAUGCAAGGUAUGUUCAGAGCAAAUGGCGGUUGUGGUUAUGUGAAGAAACCAGAUUUCUUACUGGAGGUUGGAGCAAAUAAUGAGGUCUUUGAUCCCAGUGCACCCUUCCCAGUUAUAAAAGUACUGAAGGUGACCGUAUACAUGGGGGAAGGAUGGCAUUUGGAUUUCCGCCAUACCCACUUUGAUCUAUAUUCCCCACCGGACUUCUUUGUGAAGGUUGGAAUUGUUGGGGCCCCAGCUGACACAAGAACAAAGGAAACAAAGCCAAUUGAGGAUGACUGGACUCCAUCAUGGAAUGAUACAUUUGAAUUCCCACUGACUGUUCCAGAACUAGCAAUUCUUCGAGUUGAAGUUCGAGAAUAUGACACAUCAGGAAAAAGUGAAUUCGCAGGCCAAACAUGUCUGCCUAUUGCAGAGUUAAGAAGCGGGAUUCGAGCAGUCCCACUACAUAACCGGAAGGGAGAGAAGUACAAAUCUGUGAAGCUUCUAAUGUGUUUCAAAUUUGAAGAUACAAAUCUAUCUAAUGAGUUUUCACUUUGAAGAUGAUGGGGGCUUCUUUGAUUCUAAAUGCUGUAUAUGUCUAUAUUGCAUACAAGCACUGAAGAACAUUUUAUCAGAAUAUUCGUCUGAGAAACAUAUCUCAGUACUUACUAGUUAUGAACACAAAAAAACUAUGAAGGUUCACAUCCAUUUACCCAGAA